AUGUUAACACUCUAAAAUCAAAAAUAAGAUACUUUUGUGAUCGAGAAGUUGAUAUCUCAAUUAAACGAGGAUAGGAAAAUGAGGGCAUCUUAAUCCUAAAACAUAAUGGACAAAAGAGAAAAAGAAGAAAAAGAAAUUAGAGAAAGGUUUUAAGGAAUAAUAUUAAAUGGCUCUGUUUUUUUAUAAAAGCUACUAACAAAAAUAAUCACAUAGAAAUGUAGCAAAGAGCAAUUCAAGUCUUAAUUAUAUUUAAAAAUAAGCGCAUUCUGA